AUGUUCUUAGUCAGUGUAGCAGUUACUGUAGCUAUGAUUGCUGUUGGUACCGUAAUUGCUAUCGGCUUAGGCAUUGGACUGCAUAAUAGUAAUCAAAAUCUCACACUCGGUACUACACCUUUAUCAACUACAACAACUGUCACUCCAACAUCACUCCAUAUUAAUACUACAAUAUCAACAACAACUUCUGUUAAUCCAACAACGACCACAACUACCGCAACAUCUACAACCUCGACAACUACUCCCAGUAAUACAACACAUUCUAUUUCAACUACAACUUCUACAUCUACGUCUACGUCUACGUCUACUAUAACAUCUUCAUCUUCUACAACUCCUUCAACUACAACUACAACUACGUCAACUAUAACCAUUAGUACAACCACAACAUCUACAAGGACGACUGCUACGAAUUGUUCCUGCACAUGUCACUGUGCUUAG